AUGGCUGCCAAACAUUUAAGACAGUACAUGCUCACUCAUACGACAUUGUUGAUCUCUAAGAUGGAUUCUGUCAAAUACAUCUUUGAGAAGCCGGCUCUAACCGGUAGAGUAGCUCAAUGGCAAAUGGCUUUAACCAAGUACGAUAUCCAACAUGUCACUCAAAAGGACAUCAAGUGGAGUGUAUUGUCUGAUUAUCUUGCUCAACAUCCCUUGGAGGACUACCAGUCUAUGCGUUUUCAAUUCCCCGAUGAGGAUAUCAUGUUGAUUAGGGAUUGCAACAUCCCCUAUCCCGAGGAAGGAUUCGAGCCUGGAUCCCGUUGGACCUUGGUUUUUGAUGGAGCUUCUAAUGCUCAGGGAAAUGGCGUUGGGGCAGUAAUCACUUCUCCAACAAAUUUCCACCUCCCCUUCACUGCCAGAUUAUGUUUUGAGUGUACAAACAAUAUGGCCGAAUACCAGGCUUGUAUCUUUGGUAUUGAAGCUGUUAUCGAUCUUAGGAUUAAAAUCUUGGAAGUCUAUGGAGAUUUAGCCUUGGUAAUCAGCCAGGUCAAAGGAGUUUGGGAUACAAGAGAUCAUAAACGCACUCCUUACAAAGAGCAUGUCUUGAAACUAGUCCCAUACUUUGAUGAAAUUACAUUCCACCACAUCCCUCGAGAAGAGAAUCAGCUAGCUGACGCCUUGGCAACUUUGGCGUCCAUGUCUAAAGUUAAAUGGAAGAACGGAGCGUCAUCCUUUCACCUAAACUACUUGGACGAACCUGCUUACUGUCUGGCAGCAGAAGACGAAGCUGACGGUCAUCCUUGGUUCUAUGACAUCAUGAAAUUCUUAGAGAACCAAGAGUACCCUGCAGACAGGUCCAUCACCGACAAGAAGUAUCUUUGGAAACUGUCAUCCAAAUUCUUCUUAAGUGGAGGGGUAUUAUACAAGAUAAAUUAUGAUUCGAUUUUGCUUAGAUGUGUGAACAAGCAAGAAGCAAACUAG